UCAAACUUGAAGUUGUGACCAACAAGUUAAUGUCCGAGAGUAAUGGGGAGAAGAAAACACCCUCAUCGCACUAAGACCCUCUACAUCCUUCGCGGUUUGCCUGGAACUCAUAAGUCCGAUAAAGCACGGGACAUUCAGGACAGGCUUGGUGGGGUGAUCAUCAACGCCGACGAGUAUCAUCGCAACAAAAAGGGACAACUAGUUAUCAGACCUGAAAAACUCAAUGAAGGACACAUAUGGGCGCGUGGGCAAGCUCUGCAGGCUAUGGACGAAGGGAUGGAUCCAGUCAUCAUCGACAAUACUAACAUGUCGUGGCGGGAGAUGUUCCCAUAUGUACUGAUGGGUUUUCAUCGAGGAUACUGGAUUAAAUUCCUGCUGACGAAAGAUACCUUCCGUGUUUCCCUUGAUGAAAUCGACAGGAGGUGUCCAAAUAUCGAACGGUGGAAACUGGAAAGGAUGAAAAACCGGUACCAGUCCGUCCGACAUGUCUAUCAGAUACUCAGGGAUAAGGAGUGUAGGAGGGAAUAUGAGCCCAGCAUUGACAGCUGGAUGCCUUGAUCAGAAGGAUGCAGUGUAACUUGCAAGGGCUGUUGCAGAAGUAGAAUCAACGCUGCAGGAGAAAAAAGUGUGCGUGUACAAAGAAGUGGACAAACUGAGUUGAGAAAUUAAAAAUCCUGUAGUUCUACUGUA